GAUAUCUUCCUUUUGGUGGUUGAUCCUGUACAAGUUAAUUUAAUUCUUGUUUCAGGUGUGAUGCUGUUGCACUUGAAGAUGCACUACUAAAGCGAGUAAUGAUCACCCCAGAAGAAGUUAUUAAGAGAACUCUUGAUCCUGUUGGUGCAACAUUUAGCAGGGAUGGCUUGGCUAAGACAAUGUAUUCCCGCUUGUUUGACUGGUUGGUUGAUAAAAUUAAUGUUUCAAUUGGGCAAGAUCCUAACUCGAAAUCUUUGAUUGGGGUUCUCGACAUCUAUGGUUUUGAAAGCUUUAAGACUAAUAGUUUUGAGCAAUUUUGUAUUAAUUUCACAAAUGAGAGGCUGCAGCAACAUUUCAACCAGCAACUCCAUAGACGUGGCCUCCUUGGUGCCUUCCGAUUUGCCAAAUGCCACGCGUCUCCAUCUGGUGAAAUGGCUGGAGAAAGCCGGACUGAAGAGUGUUGGAGAAGAAGGAGAUCCCAAAACAUUGGCCACAUUUGA